AUGGCAGGGGCCCAGGAAGUAAAGCAGGGGCAUGAGGAGCUCCUGCUGGCCAUCAAAGAUGCCGAGGACGACAACCACGCCUGUCAGGUCCUGGUGGACGCCGCUGACUCGCAGUGCGGCACCCGGCGCAUCCUGGAUGCCGUGAUGGUGCACUGGCAGCUGCAGGAGACUUGGCCCACCCCUGCAAUGGUGGAAAUCCCCGUUCCGCCAGGCACCCCAAUUUUCAGCAUAGGUGAUACGCACGGCGACCCCAAGGCUGCUGUGUAUGCGGCGCGCGUCUUCAUGGCCGCGCUUGAUGAUGCCAAAGAGAGGGGCGGCCUGGCGCCUCUGCUGGCCUUCAACGGCGAUUACCUGGACCGCGGGCCACAUCAGCUGGCGACAGUCUUGCUGGUCCACGCCCUCGUCACGCAGUUUCCCCACAGCUUCGUGGCAGUCGCCGGCAACCACGAGGGCGCCAUCCACAAGGGGCCCUUCCUCGCCGACGCCGCGCCCAACACGGCAGGGUACACGAUCGUCCACGAGCUGCGGGCGCGCGGCUUCCGGAGCGCCGGCGAGGCGGCAGCAGGCCUGGGCGGCGGCGGCGGCGGCGGUAGCAGUGGUUUCGCAGCGCCGCCGGCGCCGGCAGAGUUCCCCAACCUCUGCCAUGGAGGCGGGUUCGUCCGCGGCACCCUGCCGUGCCGCGGCCCGCUGGCGGCACGCAUCGCGGCGGCGCUGGACGCGGGGCAGCUGCCGACGCUGGAGGAUGGCCUGAUGGCAAUUUACGGCAGCCUGGCGCACCUGCCGCUGAUCGCCCAAGUGCCGGGUGCCGCCGUCUUUGUCCACGGCGGCCCGCCUCCAAGCGACGCAUGCGCCAAGGGACCCGCCGUCGCUCUGGGGCGCCUCAUGACCUGCUCCACGCGGUUCCGCUGGGCCGCGCUGGUCAGCCCGCUGGGGGACGUGCAGGCCGCCAAGGUGUCCGCCGUCAUCCGGGGCCACGAGCUGCUGGACCCCUCAGGGAUUUAUGAGUACCCUGGCGGGUCCAUGUGGGCAGUGCAUUCGUCAGCGUUUUUCUCCACGACGUGGGGGGCGGACGCAGCCGCCGUCCGCUUCGAGAUGCCCCGCGCCCGCGAGCCGCUCGUUCUGCAGCACCUGACCGCAGUGCGGUUCACCGACGGCUGGGCCGCAGACGCGGCGCUCGAGCUGCGGCGGGCCUGGCGCGUGGGCGGUGCGGCGGGCGCGGCGGUGGGCGGGGCGGCAGCAGGCGGCGGGGUGGCAGCAGGCAGGGCAGAUGUGGAGGUAACCAGUGGGUCAGAGCAGGAGCCGGCCGCGCUGCUCGCGGGGCUCGACGCGGCCUGCGCCGCCACCGCAGGCGGCGCCGGCGACGACGGCGGCGCGCUACUGCGUGCGCUGUACGCCGCGGUGGUGCAGCCGCGGCUGCGGCGGCUGGCCGGGAGGCCCCGCGGCGCACAGCUUGCGCCCGGGGUCCUGAAUGUCCCAGCGAGCGUCGCCAGCGUGCUGCGCGGCGCGCUGCAGCGGCUGGCCUCCGUCUGCCCCGGCAGCGCCUUCGCCGCGCGCCUGGCGCAGCUCGGCGCGCCGCUGCUUCGACCGGAUGGGCGGCUCGAGGCGCGGCUGCAGCCGCUGCUGCUGGACACGCUGUGCGAGCUGCGGCAGGGGCUGGGCGCAGCGGAGGCGCUGCGGCGGGCGGCGGAGGCGCAGGGCGUGGGCGAGGCACCGGCUGCGCAGCAUGAGAGGCAGCAGCUCGCCGUGGCGCUGCACACGCUGGCAUACCUGGUGGAAAAUGGGCCAGCCUGCUGGCUUCAGACCCAGUGGCGGGCGCAUGUUGCGGAGCAGCGGCAGCAGCAGCGGCAGCAGCAGCAGCAGCAGGUGAUGCAGCAGCGGCAGAGGCAGCAGCCGCCGCAGCAGCAGAUGCAGAUGCAGCAGCACCGGCACCGGCAGCAGUAUACGCGGGCGCAGCAAGCCGCCGCAACGGACAGGCAGGCAGUGCUGCCCGUCUCGCCAGUGCAGGCACCCCCGCCCCCGCGCGACUACCGGUACCAGCCAGCUUCGGCGACCGUGGCCAACCCCAUGGGCUGGCCCCAGAGCUCGGGAGUCGCUGACGGCGAAGCGGCACCCACGGCGGCCUUCAGCAGCCAGCCGUGCACGGCUGCAGCCGGCAGCAGCUUGGGCAGCGGCGGCAUGACGCCGCUGGCGGACGUGGCAGCGGCGCAGCAGACGGCGCAGGCGGCGCUGCAGUCGGGCGGCUGCCUGGCUGAAGCGGUUGACAAGGGGAUAGACGAGGAGGAUAAUGAGGGGGAGCUUGGGGGUGGCGGCAAAGGGCGGCGUGACGGCAGCGGCAGUUAUGGCGGCAUCCAGGGGGAGUCGGACGACGACGAUGACUGGCGCGGCGGCGACUUCGGCGAUGGGCGGCGCCAACCGGUGCGGCGCCGGCAACAGCAGCAGCAGCAGCAGGAGCAGCAGCAGCAACAGCAACAGCAGCAGCAGCAGCAACAGCAGCAGCAGCAGCAGCAGCAGGAGCAGCGUGAGCAGCUGCAGCAGAAGGAGGAGGACAAAUUGAUGCAGGAGCGGCAGCCCGUGGGCGUGCAACCCCUCGCCACAGAGCCGCCAGGCGCGGCCGGCGGCGUGCCAGCGUGGAUGCGCACUGAUGGCUCUAUCCCAGCAGUGCGCGCCCUCCUGCAUGAUGCUGUCAGCGGCAGAGGUCCUGUGUCGACAGAGGCGGCAGCGGACCUACAGCUCCAACUGAACAACGCCCCAAAGCGCGUUGUGCUGCGCGGUGUGGAGCAGGCGGCCGAGCUGUAUGGCUCCAACACUGUGCAAUUUGAGCAGGGCAACGUAAGGCAACGCUCGGCGGUGUGCGUGGAUAGGAUGGGCUCCAAGGUGGUGGUGCGGGUGCGGAAGAACUCAGCAUUGGAGCUGUGGAGCUUCGUGCUAGAAUUCAGGCAGCAGGAGCGUCCCAUGCGCAUCGAGGCAGUAUGCGCGGUUAAGGACGAUGCCAAGCGGCUGGCCUGCUACCUGCUCCUUGUCCACCUGUGCGGAAUGGUCAUGAUACGCAACUCAUGUCUGCGGGAGUACGCCCCACCGCCGCAGCUGGCAAAGCACGAGCUGAGCGCAGAGCUCAGCAACCUGGCACAUGCGUUCCGCGCGGCGCACCUGGCGCAGCCGCUGCCCCCGCCGCCGCCGCCGCUGCCACAGCGGGACGUGCACCAGCAGCUGCAGGAGCAGCCACAAGAACAGCAGCGGGAGGCGCAGCGGCAGGAGGAGGAGCAGCAGCAGCAGCAGCAGCAGCAGCAGCAGCAGCAGCAGCAGCAGCAGCAGCAGCAGCAGCAGCAGCAGCAGCAGCAGAUGAUGGACACGGAGGGCAUGGAGAUCGACUCUGUGGUUUGCCAGGCUCGCUAUGGUUGA